AUGCAAGAUAGUGUUUCUGAGUUAGUUUUGAAAUUCUAUAGCAAUACAACAAUAACUACAACAUCAAUUCCUGAAGUACAAAAACAUGGAUUUGUUUUAGCAUAUAUUGGUUUUACAUUGUUAAUAUGUUUAACGGUUGGUGGCAAUACAUUUGUACUACUAGCCAUUUAUCUUGAUAAACGUUUACAUUCGACGUCAUUUUAUUUAAUUGCCAAUAUGGCUGUAGCCGAUCUUCUAUUAGGAAUAGCGGUAUUGCCAUUUUCAUCAGUAUUAGAAAUUCUACAUGGAAAAUGGAUAUUUGGUACAAGUUUUUGUACAGCAUGGUUAGCAAUCGAUGUUUUAUGCUGUACAGCAUCUAUUAAUGCAUUAAUGGCUAUAUCGGUUGAUCGCUAUAUUGGUGUUACACGUCCAUUAAUUUAUUCACAAAUAAUGACAAUAAAACGAACAAUUAUAUUAAUUGUAAUUGUUUGGGCUGCAUCGACAUUAACAUCUGUUGUACCAUUAUUCGGUUUGACAUAUAGACCACCAAAACAGUCACAAUCAUUAAUAAACAAUAUGACAUCUAAUUCAUCAUCACAACACGAUUCUCCUCAAUAUAUUUGUGAAGUAAAUAAAAAUACAUUUUACACUAUAUUAUCGUCAUUAAUAUCAUUUUAUAUUCCCGUUCUUAUUUUACUUAUACUAUAUUCUCGUGUUUAUCAAGAGGCAAAAGAACAAUCAAAAAAAUUAGAAAAUGAGAAACGUCGAUUAUAUAAUAUUGAUUAUCAAAUAGCAUCAUCACAAGCGCAAAUGGUGAAACCACACUGUUUAACAUUAGAUAAUGCCAAUCAUACUCAUCAAAAAUUAAUUAAUAAUAAAAAACAAAAAGAACAACAAGAAGAACAACGUCGUUUGUCAGCACAAACAAUAAGAUUUAGUUUAAAUGAUGGAGAGCAAACAAAAUCUCUAUUAGAUAAUAACAAUAGUAAUAAUAAUAAUAAUGGUUUGCAAGAACAUGAUGGUGAUGAUGAAAGUAUACAACGAACUGUAACAGGAGUUGAAGGAAAAAAUAUGCAACGAGAAUUCAAAGCGAGUAGACCAAUUAUUAAACGUAGUACUAGUACUGAAACAUCAAAUUCUAAUUCAUUUCCUCAUCAAUUUGCAACAGCAAGUCGUCUUAUUGGUAAACGUUUAUCGACAACUUUAAUACGUAGUAGUAAUAAUCAUUCAUCGAUACCACCUAGUGAUGAAUUAUUAAUUAUUAAACGUAAAUUACAUAAUUUAAGACGAGAAAAAAAAGCAUUUCAUACACUUGGCCUUAUACUUGGCGCACUAUUAAUUUGUUGGCUACCAUUUUUUGUUACUCUUCCAACAAUUGCCAUCUUAAAAGCUAAUCGUAUAAACGUUAAUGAUACAUGGUUUAAAAUAACAUUUUGGAUGGGCUACUGUAAUUCAGCAUUAAAUCCGUUUGUUUAUGCAUUCUCAAAUCGUGCCAUUCGACGUUCAUUUCAACAUAUUUUAUUUCGAAAAAUUUGUUGUUGUUAUUAUAAAACAAAAUUUCUUUGUCAACGAAAACCACAAGAAUAUUCGACAAGUACUCAAAAUAAUUCAAUAGUAACUCAAAUAUCGACGAAUACAAUUCGAAGAGAUAGUUCAUUUACAAACGAAUACAUUUCAACAAAGAAACCAAAUGGUAUAUUAACAACAGUGACAUCAUUACCAUCGAAUCAACAAAAUCAUGUGUCGUUUGCCGAAAUGUUAACCGAAGGCAAUGGUGGGCAUCCAAAUGAGACACAUGACAUAUCACAUAAAUCAAAUCAUGAGUCAUUGCUCACAGCGCCUACACAAUCGAUAGAAACAAAAAAAAAUCAUUUAAAAAAUGUUCUUUAUAGGCAUGUGAAAGAUCAAUAUCGGAAGUAUCCAUUGUGUCGGUAUGAAAUACAGGUUAAUAUUCCAGAUAAUAAUCCAGAUGAUAUCAAAAUACUGUCAAGAAAUGUACAUUCACAUCAACAACGUAAUACAACAACCCGUUUACCUUCUCCUGUUCGUGAAUCAGUUGCAAAAUAUGUUAAAUGUGGUCUUACACAUACUCAAAUGAAAUCUGCAUUAUCUAUUGAUCAUGCAAAUAUUCCAUUACCAUCAAGUCAAUUAUCGAAUAUAAUCAGCUAUAAUCGACGGAAAAAUAAUCCAGAAAUAUUUUCGGUGUAUGAUCUGCGUAAAUGGUGUAAUGAUCAUAAAGAUGGUAGUGAUUCAUCACAUUCAACAUUUGUACCAUAUUAUUCGAUUGAUAAUGUUGAUAAUAUUUUUGUAUUAUUUACAACAAAACAAUUAAUACAAUAA